GCGCGCCGCCGCUGUGCGGCGAUGGGCGCCAGCGCACAGGAGCUCGCACGCUGCGCGGGGGUGGGCGCCAUCCCCGUGCCAGCGGCCAUCUUGACGUACGGGGAGUCCGUCCACGGCAGAAGCGUCGCGGACUCAGGCGUCGAGAACGACGUCGCCGACGCCGCGAUCGUCAAGCUGGACUUGCGCAAGAUCACGCGAGAUCCCAUGCUCGACGGCGCGGCCUUCGAUCAGGGCGGGGCGCGCCCGAUCGCGAUCCUCAGCGUCCACGCGCAGGCGAGCGUCAUGGAUGCCACGAAGAAGGCCAUGCACGGUGUCUUCGACGCUACCGAGCUGUUGGCCGCGCAGUCCGGGCUCAACGAUACCCUUGCAAUGGUGAGCUGCAACGCGGGCCGCCAUCGACUGAACUACGCGCUGAUCGGCGAGAACGGCAGGGUGUUCAACGCCCAGACGCUCCGCAUGCACGGCGUCAAGUCUCGUGGGCACUCUCGUGUCGCCCCGACUGCGGAGACGUGGGCCGCUUGCCCGUGGGCGUUCAUCCCAGAGCCGAUGGGCCGCGGAUACGCCCACGACGUCGUGGCACAACGGGGCGAGAGCCAGGUCAACUACGACGCGCCCUGGGACACGGCCGCGGCGAUCAACAGGGACCACGAGACCAUCGACGGCCGCUGGGUGCUGCUGGCUGGCGCUGAGCGUGACUCAUCGGCCGACAUGCGCGCUAAGCCGAGACCGUCGGGUCGCCGCCCAGCUACGCCACCAAGGGAUGGGCAGCCGCCGCAGAAGGCGCAGCUCACACGCGACGCCAGGUCGCAGCCGCCGAAGGUUCCUACGUCACCAUCCACGGCGCCGCCGAGCCACUGCAUGGGCAUCAAGGGCAGCGCGGCGGCUGCGAUGGCUGAUCCACCCGCUGGUGUUGGGGUCGUCCCUGCAGCGUCUUCGGAUCGCGCGGCGGCGGCCUUGAGUGGCUUGGUGGCAGCGCUGCAGACCGCGCCCGCGGCCCCGCCGACGCCUGGCCACGUGCUGGUUCCACCCGCAGCGUCGCCGUUCGCCGUCGCCGUGCCGCGGCCGCCGCAGCCGAUUGCAGCGCCGACGGCGAAGUCGGGGUAG